CGCUCACCGCUCCUUCCUCGCCAGUCCGAGCUGUACAGGCUCAUCAUCCCUCUCCUUGCCAUCCAGCAUGGAUCAACAAGCCUUCCGCAGCCUCAUAUCCUCCUCUUCCUCUUCCUCUAGCUCAGCAGCUCCCUCCUCGUCCAAGCCCCGCGUCUUUGGAGCAUCUCAAAAGCGUUCCGCCGGAGGCAGCUCAUCCUCUACUUCUUCCAAGGACCUCUUCGCCCCUCGCAAGAAGACGCCUGCCAACAACAAGGACCGUUCAGGUCCUCGUCCACCUCCUAAGAACAGCGCGACAGGGGAGACGUACGUGGACCGAGCCAAGGCCCGUCGAGUUGGCAAGGAGGACGAGGACUAUUCGGAUGUGAAUCGGCUCGCAGAGGAAUGGAGGGUCAAGUGGAAUGCUGCGCAGAGCGAAGAGGAGCGGAGAGACAUCGAAGAGCAAAUGGCCUUUCUAGGUGGUGAUGCAAGACACUCUAUACUGGUAAAGGGACUAGAUCACUCCCUCUUGGCGCAGCAAAAGGCGAAGGAGGCAGGAGGAGAGGGGGACGUGGAUGAUUAUCUGGAGAGGGCAUACGAUGAGGCUGCUGCCAAAGCGUCCUCGCCUGUAUUACGGAGAGACGAAGAAGAAAGCCGUGCUUCUCCUUCUAGCCUAAUUGGAGAGAAGCGAAGCAGAGAAUCAGUCAUCGAGGCACUCAAGCGGCGUAAGCUGGCAAAGGCACAGGCAGGCUCAGCUGCUGCUGACGAGGCCGAUGAUCGGCAGCAACAGGCUCGAGACGCAGAGUUCGAAAGAGCAAGAAAGCUUGGAAAGUUCAAGCCCAUCAGUGCUGGCACUAGCAGUGGAGGGUUCAAACCGGUAGAGGCAGACAAGGGGGAGGUCAUCAUUACCAAGGACGGCAAACGGUUGCGCAAGAAGAAGAAGAAACCCGCCGAGGAGCAAGGCGAGAAGAGCGUGACGCCGACCAGGGACGCUAAGUCUCCUGGAGGGAAAGCAGCAACGGCUUCAGAAUCGCCUCGAAUCAAGUCCACAGUGAGAGAGACCGUGCAGGCCGUUUCGCCAUUGGCCGUACCAAGUCCCAAGCAGCCUACGGUCUCACCUUCGAGACCCUCACCGCCGAUACUAGCUGGAGCAGAGACAGCAAGCCCUAAAGCUCGAGCGAUGUCUCUGUCUCCUCCGCCGUUGCCUGAAGAUCGAAACGAGGCCCUUCCUCCAAUACCUGGCACCGACGCUAGCACUGGCACUGGCGUAGACGUCGAUGACGACGACGAUGACGAUGACGAUAUCUUUGCAGACGCCGGAAGAUGGGAAGGGCUGCCAGACGACGACUCUGAAGACGACGAGGGAGUUGUGGAAGCUCAGAAAGAUCGCCCAAAGGAGACGCUGGCACCUUCGGGCUCCACUAGCAUGCCAAAGGGCAACUGGUUUGGAGAAGAGGACAAGACGAGUGGGCAACAAGCAGGAAGCGCUCCUCUCCCCGUCGGACUGAAUCAGCUCCUCUCUUCCGUUCAGCACGGUGCUACUACAAUCGAAGGUGCACAAGCAAGGGCAGAAGAAGAAAGUGAGGACGAGCCAGCCGAGGGUACAGGCCGACUGCAGGGCCUCUCUACCUCUUCCCUCCCCUCGAAUGUCUCCCGGAUGCUGCUACAGGCAGAGCAGGAGGAGGCGCGCAAGGCUGAAGAGAAGGAAAAGGGCUGGUGGAAGAAGAAAAAGGACAGAAAGAGGAAGAAAGCAGAGGGUGACGGUGCGGGGAGUGAAGCUGAAGAUGGGGAGACGAAUUGAAGAAUAACGAAUGAAAUUGUACUUGUAUCUGCAUACAAUGAAGACGACUUUCU